GUACUUCCAAGCAACAAGGUUGCCAUGGCCACUGCGUGACAGGCAACAUUAGGACAGCAUCCUCGGAGAUGAUGAUUGGUGGGUGAAACGCUCCUUGAGAGCAACAGGAUGAAGAACUUCAGUCUAGUGAGGAGGAACUCAUUGGGACGGCGAUUGUCUACGAUGAAGCUGCGCUGAAAAGUUAUUAAAGAGGAAUUUAUUGGAACAUUUCCCCUCGCGAAAACUUACGCAGACCACUCGACGCUAGGUCAAAUAAUCCCCUGCGCCAGCCCUCCCCCUUCAAUCCAUACAUCUGGUGGAAGUUAAAGUAUAUUAUUGCUAUCAAACGUGGAGGCCAAGGCCGCAGGAGUAGACCAUGAUGUCGGACGCCAGCGAGAUGUUGGCGGCCGCUUUGGAGCAAAUGGACGGCAUCAUUGCAGGCUCCAAGGCCAUAGACUACUCCAACGGGCUGUUUGACUGCCAGUCGCCCUCAUUGCCUUUCCUGGGGGGCCUACGGGUGCUGCACCUGCUGGAGGACCUGCGGGCGGCUUUGGAAGUCAUGGACAGUGAGGAGCGGGACAACCUCCGCUGUCAGAUCCCCGACUCCACGGCGGAGGGUCUGGCCGAGUGGCUGCAUGGGAGAAUGACCAACGGCCACGGCGCAGAGGCGGUCUACCAAGAACGUCUGACCCGCCUGGAGAGUGACAAGGAAUGUCUUAUUCUUCAGGUCAGUGUUCUCACAGACCAGGUGGAGGUGCAAGGUGAGAAGAUCCGAGACCUGGACAACUCCCUGGAGCUUCACAGAGAGAAACUCUGUGCCACCGAGGAGCUGCUUCAAAAGGAGCUGUUGACCCGCUCGGCGCUGGAGACCCAGAAGCUGGAGCUGCUGACGGAGGUGUCCAGCCUGAAGCUGAAGCUGAGCGCCGUGGAGAGGGAUCACAGGGAUCAUGACGGUUUGUACCAGGAAGUGAGCCAGCUGCGCUUCCGUGUGGCCGACAUCGAGAGCGAGCGGCUGCAGUGUGAGGCCAAGGUCAAAGCUUCCAAGGAGGAGCUGCAGCUGCUGCAGAAGGAGCUGGUCGAGCGAGAGGCAGAGCUUCGGAGGCUGAAGGAGGGGAGCGGGCUGAGGACGGAGGUGGGAGAGAGAGAUGUAGAAAUGUCAAAUAUGAAGACCCUGCUGGAGUCGCUGAUGGCGGCCAACGAUGAGAAGGAGCGAAGGAUUCACGAGUUGGAGACGACGCAGGCAAAGAAAGUUCACGGGAACCCGCAAGGGAGGCCAAAGGAAGACGACUACCAUGACAUUCCAGAUGAUCCCUCGCUUCCUGACGGAGUCACACUGGAGUUGGAGACAGGAAGGAGCUCGCUGGAGUCCAGCCCCUGCAUCGCCGUGCUGGACGAGAUGAAGGAAUUAGACCGAGAGCGACAGCUGCAGGUAGCAGAGAGACCACCAGAUGGCGCUACCAGCAGCAGCGAGCAGGCUAAAAACAAAUCAGGAGCUUCAAAAUCAGCAAGCGACGAUGCUUUCGGGACCAAGAGGGUCCGCGCAUCCUUGGGUCGCGGUUUCUUCAAGCUGCGUGGGGGCAAGCAGACGAGGAGCACCCCCGACCUUGCCGAGACAGAGCGUAAAGGAGCGGAACAUGUGGACUUGGCCGGCACGCCCUCGCGGAAAAGCCAGGCUGGAGCUCCGCCCCCGUCCCCACCAGAGGCCAAAAAGAAGUCCCGAGGCUUGAGGAAGUUCUUCGGCAGGCUGAAGAGGAGCCACUCUACUUCUUUGAACCUUGACGACCACGGCCACAUGGACUUCAGGCGAGGCGGUGUCCGAGCCACAGCCGGCCCUCGUCUGGGUUGGUCCUGUGACUCUAAAAGCGAUGGAGAUGUCCCCUUCUCCCGCUGGACCAGGGACGACGUCUGCGAGUGGCUCCACGAGCAGGGCCUCAGCUUUUAUGCAGCACCGGGUCACAACUGGAUCCAGUCUGGACAGACCCUCCUGCAGGCGUCCCAACACGAUCUGGAGAAAGAGCUCGGUAUGAAGCAUCCGCUGCACAGGAAGAAGCUCCAGCUGGCCCUGCAGGCCCUCAGCGCCCGGGACGACCCCAAAGGCAAACUGGACCACCACUGGGUGACUCGCUGGCUGGACGACAUCGGCCUGCCGCAAUACAAAAGUCACUUUGACGAAGCGCGCGUGGACGGACGCAUUCUGCACUGCAUGACCGUGGAGGACCUCCUGUCGUUGAAGGUGGGCAGUGUUCUUCAUCACCUGAGCGUGAAACGAGCCAUCCAGGUCCUCCGCCUCAACUCCUUCGAGCCCGGCUGCCUCAGGCGACGCCCCUCUGACGAGAACCACAUGAGUCCGGCCGAUGUGUGCCAGUGGACCAACCACAGGGUGAUGGAGUGGCUGCGCUCGGUGGACCUGGCCGAGUACGCUCCCAACCUGAGAGGCAGCGGCGUUCAUGGCGGGCUCAUGGUGCUGGAGCCGCGCUUCACCGUGGAGGCACUCGCCCUGCUGCUCAACAUUCCCCCCAGCAAGACUCUCCUGCGGCGCCACCUGGCCACACACUUCCACCUGCUAGUCGGUGCCGAGGCUCAGGGGCUCAAGCAGGAAUGUCUGGAGAACCCUGACUAUGCCGUGCUCACCGCCGCCGCCAAGGUCAAGCCCCGACGUCCGUCGUUUGGCGGCUUCGGCACGCUCAGAAGGAAACGUCAGGAUGACGGCGAGGAGUUGGUGUGUCCGAUGGACACGGACGGGGGCAUUCACGCAGGAGUGCGGCUCUGCCAGGACAACCUGGAGCAGCUGGAGCAGAUGGACGACUCGGAGGGCACCGUGAGACAAAUCGGAGCUUUUUCUGAGGGGAUCAACAAUCUGACCAGCAUGCUGGCAGAUGAGGAGCUCUUUGGAGAGGUCUCAGCGAGCCCGCUCGAGGGCGCAGCCUGACACACCAGCAACGCAUGAGGAUGGAUUUACUGUGUAGCUUCCUCACAGCACUGGGGCACACCGUCCAUGAAACACAAGGAAAGUUGUUUUGUUUUUGUUACAAUUCAAUCCUAAAACAUUUGACAUCAUUUUAGCAAUAAACUAUUGAAAAAGCAU